GUCAGCGCACUCACACUCUUGUUUCUUUCACUCAAUCCCCCUCUCCCUCCCACCCACCCCCUAUUACUAUACACCCUCUACUCAGGUAAUGUUAAUACGGGAGUUGUUUUAUUCUUCCUCUUCCUUUCUUACACAAUCUAUUUAUGGAAAAUAUCGAUCCCCACAUCCUGCAUGUUCUAAACAAUUUAAAACCUCGAUACCUUUUUUUUGAAAAAAAUUAAAACACUGGCUGGGUUUUAUUAUUUGAGUUGCAAUUAAACUGAAAAUAAUGAAUUAAUUUUUUUAAUUAAUUAAUUAGUGAGUUUGUCAUUUGUUUGAUAAAUUUUAUUCAAAUGUCAUUACUACGACUGCGCAUUCAGCGCAAUCGGAUCAAAAAUACGUCAAUCGAUAAACAAACUUUUAAAUUUAAAUAAUUAUUUAUUUACAUUUUUUUUUAAUUAGUGAGUAUUUUUUAUUUAGUGAGAGAAGUUAUUAAAUUUGUUGUUUUAAUCUGAGAUGCCCAAUUAUUCGGGGCAUAGACAGCAGAUUAAGAGAAAACAAAACGAUAAAAAAAAAUGCGUAUGUCUGCCAACAGAUUAUAAAGGUAUUGAAUUUCCAGCUGUUUGGUCUGAACUUCGUGCAAAUAGUCAACUUUGUGAUGGCAAAAUAAUAUGCGCGAGAGACGAAAUUUAUCCGAUCCACCGAGCAAUUUUAUCGGCAGUAAGUCCUUAUUUCAAGGCUCUAUUUACCAACAGUUUGAGAGGGAAUACCAGCGAUACGAAAGAAGUGACAAUAAAUUGGGUACCUGGUAAUUUGUUUACAUCAAUCCUGGACUAUGCAUACACUGGAACGUGCAAAGUGACUGUCGAAAAUGUCGAACAACUGCUGCCUGUUGCCGAUCAAUUCGAAGUUCUCGGAGUCGUUCAACUUUGCUGUCAGUUUCUGCUCCAAGAACUAAGACCCGAAAACUGCCUAGGGGUUUAUAAAUAUGCGCGACACUAUUUCUGUCACGACCUUGAGGAGAAGACGCGAAAAUACAUAAGACACAAUUUUAAAAAAAUUUUAAGAGAGAGCACGGAGUUCAGAGAAUUGAGUUCUGGGGAACUGUGCGCUAUACUGAGUGACGAUGAGCUGAAUGUCAGGAACGAAGAAGUUGUUUUCGAGGCGAUAAAAACUUGGGUGGAAGUUAAGGAACAAGAGAGAUUGGGAUACUUGACUAAAAUUCUCAAGUGCAUUCGUUUUGGUCUCAUUAAUUCGAAAUAUAUUUCUAAUAAUAUUUUAACUUGGAAACCUAUUCAAGAUAAUCUGGAGUGUCAACGUAUCAUAGAAAAUUCGAGUACAAACACAGAAACAUUUUCCCGUCCACGAAUUCCCUAUGAAAUUUUAUUCGCAAUCGGGGGUUGGAGCGGCGGUUCACCCACAAGUUUUGUAGAAACUUACGACACACGAGCAGACCGUUGGUUUUUAUCAGUAAAUACUGACGUAGUGCCACGUGCUUAUCACGGCCUGUGUACUUUAAAUAACUUGAUCUACGUGAUCGGAGGUUUCGAUGGACGUGAGCACUUCAACACCGUGCGUUGUUACGAUCCUGUGACAAAGGAAUGGCACGAAAAGGCCUGUAUGUAUCACGUACGUUGUUACGUGAGUGUAUGUACCCAUGGGGGUAAAAUUUACGCCCUGGGUGGCUCAAAUGGACGGAUACGACUGUCAUCUGGUGAAAGGUACGAGCCGAAACGGAAUCAGUGGGAAAUGAUCCCGCCUAUGCAUCGGCAACGGUCGGAUGCAUCGGCAGCUGCGCUGAAUAAUAAAAUUUACAUCGUCGGCGGGUUCAAUGGAGAAGACAUUUACAGAUCUGCUGAGGCGUUUGACGUCGAAACGAGUCAAUGGAGUUACAUAAAAUCGAUGAUCAAUCCCAGGACUGGGGUUUCCCUUGUGGCUUUUCGUGACAGCCUCUACGCUUUCGGGGGAUACAGCGGACUCACCCGACUUACUUCUGCGGAAAGAUAUAAUCCGAGUCAGCCGGAAGAGUGGCAAGAAGUUACGCAAAUGUUUCGUGCCAGGAGCAACUUCGCUACCGUUAUUUUAGAUGAUAUGAUUUUUGUUAUUGGCGGCUAUGAUGGAUAUACGACGAUUGCUUAUGUCGAGUGUUAUGAUCCCGAUACAAAUGAGUGGUACGACGCAUCGCCCAUGAAUUUGAACAGAAGUGCGUUGAGUGCUUGUGUGAUUCCCGGAUUAAUUAACGCCAAAGAUUAUUCAUAUCUCAGUAAAACUAAAAAUUUUGGACAAGGGCAAGCUGGUGCGAGAAAUCGCGGGAAACCUGAUCAAAGUGGAGAAGGUCCGCACAUUGAACUAGACAACGAAAUUAACGAGCCCGAUACUGGAUCGCGCUCUCAUCGAAAUUAGUUUCAAAUAUUUAUAGUAUUUUUUUUAUUCAAAAAUUUUUUAAAAGCUGAAGUAAUUUUGUCUGAAUUUUAGAAAAAUUUUCAUCCCGUAAAUUUUUCUUUAUUUUUUAUUUAUUUAUUUGUUGAAUUUUUUUAUUGAAUUCUAGUCUGAAAAUUUAAUUAAUUCUGCAGACUAUUUAGUAGUUUAAAAAAAACUAUUUUUUAUUAGUUGCUGUUUUAAUUCGAUGUCAUAUUAAUUUUAAAUUAUCAUGAUUUUUUAAAAAUUAAUUUUUUAGUCAUUUUACCCCACAUGCUAUAUAAAAUAUUUCUAUUCCGCGUAUCGGUCGUGUCAAAAAACUAUAAAAUAAAAAUAAAAAAUCCA